AUGUGUGGCAGCGAUGGUGAUCUGUCGGGUCAGCUGUUCUUGAGCAUGGAGGUGCUGGGAAAGAGCGAUAAGCCGUAUGGGAAGAUGUAUACCGUGGGACCUACGGGGUGGACAAAGCACUACAGUCCCAUGAUUGGACGUCUAGCUGGCACCAAGGCGCCAAAGAUGGAGGGACAUGAAGGCGAGAAGGCCAAGGUUGAAAGAUAUGAUUUCCAAGCCAACCAGAUGCAACUGCAAGGCCCUGUCCCCGACGAACUCUACCACCGCUUUGUAGAAUUCAAACCCUUCGUCAAGGGCAUGUUCGACAAGACUGGCCUCCGCGGACACGUGCUAAACGCCGCCCUCCACCACCAGCACGCGCGCGUCUACAACUACUCCAACACCACCACCCACGGCACCAUGGAACCCAAGUCCAAGAAGCCGCGCUGCAGCAGCCGCCUCUUCACCUACGUCCUCACCCUCGACGGGCUCCUCCGCUUCACCGAGACGGGUAAGGAAUUCGGCAUCGACAUGCUCAGCAAACACACCAUGCACAGCGAUGUCAACGUCUAUAUCGCCUGCUCGGGCGAAUUCUUCAUCCGCAGACUCAAAUACAAGAAUAGCAGCCCCGAAGAUUCAAGCCAGCAGACCCACCCCACAGACGACAUCGAAGGCGGACCACCGCACUCCCCUCCCCCCAAGGACCCAUCGAACUACGAACUCGUAAUCGACAACGACAGCGGUACCUACCGCCCUGACGGUUCGCUCCUCCCCGCACUCCAGUCCUUCCUCGAAGCCAACCUCCCCGGCCUCAAUAUUGUCACCAAGCCGUGCACGGACGACAAGCUGCAGCGCAUGAAGAAGGAGCAGCGCGAGACGAAGAAGAGGCAGGGCGAGCAGAUACAGGUGUACCAGGGCGAUAUCAAUGGGGGCUGGAGCUCGAGUGAUGAGGAGAGCAUGGAUGAGCGCGCAAAGGGGAAGAAGAGUAAGAAGGAUAGGGUGUUUGAUGCGAUUGAGGAUCCGGAGGCGGCGAUUAGGGGGUUCAGACAUGGGGGCAGGCCGAAGAGGGAGGAGAGGGAGGGGGAGGAGGAUCGGGUUGAUUAUACGGUUGAGGCUGGGGAGGGGGAGGCGAAGAAGUGAUGUUCGACCGAUCGAUAGUGAUGGUCGUUAAGUCGGACGCGUGGAGGCUUUUAGUGCCAUUGCUUUGUAUAUGGGCUUCUCUACUACUUUAUUUUGCGGGCGGGUUUUCGUUUGUUUGCCAUGGAUGCGGAGGGAUUGCAGGAAUAUUUUGUUGUUAAUACGCGGACACCCAGAUGGCGGGUGAUAUACACGGCCUUGCGGCUACUUAUGCGUUUUCUUUUUAUCUUGGGGGUAAGGGAUGCAUGUCUUGCUUGGGAGCAACUGCGAUGGGGGGUGUUCACAUUUUUCUUUUGCAUGCAUUGUUGCCAGUCGAAGAGAGCUAUCUCAAGUUCAGGAUAUUCACCAUUACUUUUUCUCUUUGUGCCAAGUUCAGUCUUCUUCCGUGUAUCUGAGUCCAGAUAUUGGUACUUCAUGGAAAGAAUUGAGGAUAUUUGGCCUUGGCUAAGUUGGCGACCUUGAGCUUGAGCGGCAUACCAGGCUAUAAGUGCAGGCUGAGUGCACGGUGUAAUGGCGGGUGCACCAGAUGUGAGAAUCUAGCCACCUAAGGAAGGGAUGAUUUUACUAAGACAACACACUGUCUUAGGAAACAGAG